GGUCACCAUUCACUUGCAUUGCAUGGACCAACAGAGCUGUUUUCUUUAUUAUUAAUACAUUUUAUAUAAUAAUAACAAUGUAAAAAAAAUAAUGAUUAUUAUAUUAUAUAGAAAUAAUAAUGUAAGGGAUAUUUACAGCUAGUUACUGUACAAUUUAUAUUUUUUACAGUAAUAUGCCUCAGCUACCAAUUACAGUAAUCAGUAAACUACUGUACACAACAAUUGCAGUAGGUUACCGUUAUCAGGUUUUUACAGUAACUAGCUGGCAACAGCGUUGCUAGUAUGUCACUGUAGAAAAAAACCCGGUAAGCUCUAACAGUGUAUAUAUUUUAUGGUUCACUACCAUUUAUAUUAUUAAAUUAUAUAAACUUGAUUAACUAACCUUCUGGAAUUAUAAAAGUCUGCUUUUCACUUUAAAAUGUUUCAUUAAACACAGUAGUAACUACAAAACCCCAUAUGAUGACUUAAAGUUCAUCAAGCAAUAAUGAAUAUACAUGUAUAGACAAUGUAAAAUGUCACUCACACAAACACAAAACAUGUGACCCUAAACAUUAACUACAUAAAAUACAACACAGAACACACUGAUGUACAUACUGUAACUGAUAUUUAAAAUAAGAAGAAACAUAACUAUUCCCUUAAAAUAUAAUGAAAUAUGAUGGGUCACUCUACGAGAAUUCUGGGAACACCCGAUUAUUGAUUUUUCCCCAUAAUUUUAACAAUAGUUUACCGUAAAAAAAUAAAUACAUGUAUUCUCUUUUUUAACAUAAUAUAUAUAUAUAUAUAUAUAUUAUGAUUAUUUUUUACAGUUAAUUAUAUGGUAAAAUCAUACUUUUUACAUCUAAAAAACAUUAAAAAAAAUUUUACAGUAGCAUUUUCUACAUUCUUUUACCGUUAAAAUUACGGAAAUUUUUUACUGUGACUGCAUGCACAGCAUAACAUUUGCGAGGUUCUUUAUGUGUCUGCCAGUGCCAAAAAUAUUAAAGGAAUGUUCCGGUUUCAAUACAAGUUAAGCUCAAUCGACAGCAUUUGUGGCACAGUGUUAUUAUCACAAAAAUGAAUUUCAACUCGUCCCACUUCUUUAAACAAAGCAAAGAUUGAGGUUACAGUGAGGCACUUACAAUGGAAGUGAAUGGGGCCAAUUGUUUAAGCAUUUAAAUUUAGAAAUGUGAGGAUAAUUAUUUUAUAAAAGUUAAAAAAGUCUGUUAAAACUCGUAUUAUUUGAGCUGUAAAGUUGUUUAAAUCAUAAUUUAUGCAGAAUUACAGGGUUUACGGUGUUGUCAUCACGGCAAUAAAGUUGUAAAAUUGGAUAUAAGUUUACAAAUUGGCCCCAUUCACUUCCAUUGUAAGUGCCUCACUUUAACCUUUUUGCUUUUUUUAUUUUUUAUUAAUAUUUUUGUGACAGUCAACAUUAGGCUAUGCCACAAACGCUGUUGACAUACCCGGAAUAUUCCUUUAAUGUAAAUGUACUGCAAAUCACCAUUAAAAAUAACUGACCAAGACUUAUGACAUAAUACAGUAGUAAUUAUGUAAAACACACUGUUAAGGCAAAACACCAUUUGCUAAUUGUUUUUUGUCGUAGAUGGGAUCCACUUUCCUGGCAGCAGUGGGUCGUAUGGCCGUAUGUGGAGGUACCCAUGGCAACGAGCUGUCGGGUGUGUAUGUGGUGCGAGAGAUGGAGAGACAGCGGAAAGUGAAGGGAGAUGGUGUGUGGCCCAUUCCUGUAACAACAGUGCUGUCAAACCCGCGGGCUGUGAAAGAGUGCAGAAGAUACACUGAUACCGACAUGAACCGCUGCUUCAGUAGCGUCAUACUGAGUUCUCCUAUUACAGACAGCAGCCCGUAUGAAGUGCGGCGAGCUCAGGAACUGAACACUAUGUUGGGCCCGAAGGGGUCUGCAGAUGCCAUAGACAUGAUAUGUGACCUCCAUAACACCACUUCUAACAUGGGCCUGACUCUCAUCCAUUACAACACCAAUGACUGGAUGACCCUGCACAUCUGCAAAUACUUACAGACAAAGAUAACCCAAGUGCCUGUGCGAGUGGUCAUGCUGGAUAUUCCCAUAAGUGAUGCAUAUUCGUUGGAGUCUGUGUCCAAGCAUGGCUUUUCGAUAGAGGUUGGGCCGCAGCCGCAUGGUGUCAUCAGGGCAGACAUUUAUAACAUCAUGAAAGAGGGUGUGGACGUGACAUUGGAAUGGAUCCGAAAAUUCAACUCGGGAACAGUAUUUGAAGGCGGGGAGAUGGAAGUCUUUAUGUUUCAGAGCAGUAUUGAUUAUCCCAGAGAUCCUGAGACUCAGGAGCUCAAUGCUGCCAUUCACCCACAACUGCAGGACAGAGAUUUCUGCCUGCUCAAAAAAGGUGAUCCUGUGUUUUUAUCAUUUUCUGGAGAAACCUUGAAGUAUGAGGAGGAAGAACCACGUCAUCCUUUCUUUAUCAACGAAUGUGCCUACUACGAAAAAGGAAUUGCUUUUCACUUGGCAAAAAAGGUGAUGCUGCCAAUUCCAACAGUGCAAGUAAAGAAAGACUGAAUGAGAGAAAAUAUUCCACUUAUGAAUUCAGCAUAAAUCACAGCAUACAAUAGUUUUAAGGGCAGGGAUGCAAACUCCAUGAGAGGUGAGAAAAGUGAGAAAUCAUAGCAGGUGUUCCAUGGGUAAUGUUUCAGUCGGUUUGUUAUUUUCUUACAUAUUUAAAUGAGUUAAAACUUGAAGUACCCAUUUUAAGUGGUUUUAAGUAACAUGUAGAAACUUGUACCAAACAAUUGGACAAAUUAGCUUCAAAAAAGUAGUUUGCAUCCCUAAGUGAUUACCAAACCAUCAUAAAAACAAAACAAAAAAAAAACAACAAUCUGAUUUGAGUCUGAUGAAAUCAAAAGAUGGAAAACAUCUCAAAAGAUCUCACACACAUCUCUUCUUUUUUUUAAAACUGAUAUCUCAGGAAUACUCUGUACUGUAAACCUAUAUGACACAAUGAAUGCCUCAUACUCAUUUUACUCUGCUAUAAAAGAUGGGCAACAUUGUUGUGGAUGAAAAGAUAUUUAUUGUGACCAGCAGCAAAAUGUUCAUUUAACAGGAACGUGUAUAAACAUGUCUAUAAAAAAAGGCAAAACCAUUGGAAGUAUUUUGGACACCAUCAUGAUGUCACAGUGGGCUGUAGAUUGUGAGGUAUCCUAUUUUCUGUAUUGCUGAUAUGUUAUUGCCAUCUCUCCCGAUUGCUUUGAAAACACUGAACCUCUCAAGGGCUGUAAAUUAUAGGGACAAACCUAUAAAACUUGAUAAAUAUUAAAAUAUUACAAUACACAAUAAACCAUGUGGGACAUGCAAAUCAACUUAA